AUGGAUACCCCAAUCGAGGGCCAUCUCGAUGGAAGGCUUGCUUCACUCGAAGAAAGGUUUGCAGCCUUGGAAGCCAAGUACAAAGAACUUCGGGGAAGUACAGAGAAGGAGUUGCCAUCGAGUGCUUCAAUCUCCAAGGCUGAGGAAGAUUCCAAGAGCGAGAAGGCGGGGAAGGAGCCACAGCAAGAGGAUGACAAGUCGACAGGAGAGAAGGCAGACAAACCCCCUCCCCGACGAGGAAGAGUCGUGGUCAUGCGAUUCGAUACCGAUAAAGGUGGCUACGUCGAACAUCCGUUGGAGCCGCAAGACUCGGAGGACGAAGCUGCGUAUGCCUACGUUCUGAGGAAAUUCCCGAGCCAAGCUAGGGACGACUCCAUGCGGGAUUAUGUGAGUGAGCUUUCAAUCAACGGUCCAGAGCUUCUCAAACUGUUGAGGGAAAGACUUCGGCACUAUCCGAACCAUUACUUUCUGGGCGAUGUUGCCGCUCUCGCAGCGCCGUAUCAGCCAAUCAUCUUGAACUGGGACAAGCUGAAAGCUGCUUCAGUUGAAGAGUCAGGCGACGAGGAGGGCAGACUCGCUCGCUCAGAUUUGAGGCUCUUGCUCGAUGAUCUUUCUCGAGGAUCUGGGGAUGAGAGACUUGACAAAUACCUCCAGUCUCGCGAUGCAUUGAAGAAGCAGAGAAGUAUCACUUUCGACAACCUGUGGACCAUCUUCCCCCCAGGUACUGUUGUGUGCGGCCGCUCGUUUUGUUUCCAGCAGGACCAGCUGUUCAUUGUUGAGAGCAACAGAAGACCAUGGCCGCAGGAUGUGAGACACAGAGGCAAUCCUGCUGUCUUUGUGUUGUUGGUCUGGAUAUACGACUGGGAUGGCAAGGCUUUCAACAGAAGGUCCUUGGAGCUACCAAUUACGGCAUUCGGAGGCCAAAAGCCAAUCGUUUCGCUCUCCUACUAUCCUCUGGAAGCCAACGAGGAGCAGCGGGCUACGAUCGAAAGAGAGCUUCUCGAGCGCGGCAAGAAAUUUCGCCAAUGUUGUGUUGCGCCGCCAGACGAAAGGCUUUUCCAAUACAAAGGACAAGCGACACUCGAUCGGAAAGGUUUUCGAUGGGGUUUCAGAGAUCCAAGUGUAGACAGACGGGCCAGUUGGCGGUAUGACGGCUACGACUCGGAUGACGAGGUAGAUAUCCGGCCAGUACCGGAAAGGAAGACUCUGGUGGACAGCAAAGUCAUGGUGGAUUUCGAGUCUUAUUACAAGUAUGGUCCAGCCACUUCGCAAGUUGGUACUGUACCGGUAGGCGGCGGAAGUGAAGAGUGUGACUGCACCCCAUGCCAGGACAACUCUGCUUUGAAAGAGAAGUUCAAGUCAUCAUUCGAUGGAUCUGACGGGCGAGGUGAUUGGGAAGAUUUGCAGUACCAGCUAUGCCCUCCACGGUUGCUGGGAUAUGCGCUUCACGACAAGCACUGGGCCCAAUUGGACGUGACCAAGAUCGAAGAGAUAGAGAAAGUGGGUCCAGACAAUGCUUACACAUCUGAACUUCACCUGGCCGGUAAAGAGGGAGGUAAAAAAGUCAAAGACUUACUGUUCCGACUGGUCAAGCAACAUGGCAUGGACGAAGCCGGCCAGAGCUCGGGAGGCUACAACGUGGAUGAUAUUGUGGAGAACAAGGGGAAAGGCCUCGUCAUCCUUCUCCAUGGUCCACCAGGUGUCGGAAAAACGUUGACUGCUGAAACGGUUGCGAUUGCUGCCAGAAAGCCACUCCUCUUCAUUGGAGUAGCUGAUGUGGGCACAGAUGCCUCCCGCGUCGAGGAAAACCUACAGAACAUCUUUGACCUGGCCAGUACCUGGAGGGCCAUCAUUCUGAUUGACGAAGCCGACGUUUUCGUCCAAAGUCGGGUGGUCAUUCCGGGGCCGAGCACGGGGAGCAGUGCUCUUGUCUCUGUGUUUCUUCGCGUUCUCGAGUACUACAAAGGCAUCCUCAUCCUCACAACGAAUCAAAUUGCUCAAUUCGACAUCGCGGUUCCAUCCCGUAUCCAUCUCGCGGUCAAGUACGGAAAGCUCGACGAGACGCAGACCAUCAACAUAUUCAAGGGCUUUCUCGAUAAGUAUGUCAAACUUGGUGUGGUUGCUGAGAGAUCCGAAAUCGAGUCGUAUGUCAAGGACGAUCUUAGUUCUCCCGGAUUCGAUUCCUUUGACGGCAGACAGAUCCGUAACGUUGUGACGUCCGCUGUUGGUUUGGCUCGUGCAAAUGGAGAAUACCUAAGGCUGCAUCAUGUCAAGGAUGUGGUUGCAAAGGUCAAGGCAUUCAAGUACGAUCUUGGUGGAAACAUGAUGUCUUAUGAGGAUACGCUGAAAAGAGCAGGGGCAGGUCGAGGUUAUUGA